AUGGAAGUCGCCUUGGCUUGGCUCUUUGGUCACGUCUCGCACCGCGUCCCCACAGGCCGCGCGCCCUCCUUCACCCACCCUCUCCCCAUAUUGACCCGCCGCCAGUCGUCCGUCCCUCGCGGCACGCUCGCCUGCCCCCUCCCGCCCCCUUCGCACACCUCCCCUCCCGCCGUAAUUGGGCACCAAGUCGACGCCUGGGCGCAGCACUCUGCCCAUUUCGUCGUCAACGCCCGCGGCCAGCGAAUCUUUGUGCAAAGCUGGCGCCCGUUCCCGGCCAAGCGUCGCCGCUGGUGGCCGUGGGGGAAGCGCGAUACACAACCCAAGGGCGUCGUUUACAUCGUUCAUGGCCUCAAUGAUCACUCGAACAAGUAUGUACGAGUCGCAAGAGCCUGGGUUGACGCCGGCUAUGUCGUCGUCGCGCACGACUUUCAUGGCCAUGGCCGCUCCGACGGCUACCGCGCGUAUACGAGCUCCAUGCAACAUUACGUCGAUGACGCAAAGCAUGCCAUGGCGGAUGCCGAUCGACGCUUGCCGGGCCGCUUCGCCCGCCUCCCAAAAUUUCUGCUGGCACAUAGUCUGGGCGGUGCCGUCGCUAUCCACUUGGCUAGGGAUGCUGAGCCUGGCGCGUUUCGGGGCGUGAUGCUGACGGCGCCUGCGGUGAAGGUGUAUCCAAAGCCCCUGCUUAAGCUGUUUGCGCCAGUGAUCGGGACGCUAGCCCCACUGCUGCCGGUGCAAAAGCUCAAGUUUGACCGUCGGAGGAGGAGGAGGAAAAGGGAGGGGGAGUAUGUUUCGCAUGAGGACCCGCUGGUCGUCAGGAGCCCGGUAAGGGCGCGCGUUGGGUACGAAGUGCUAAAAAGCUGUGAGAAGAUCAUGAGCGAGGCAGAGAAGUUCAAAGUGCCUGUGUUUGUGGCGCAUUCGAGAGAGGAUCGCGUUACGAAUGCUCGCGGGACUAUUGAUUUUCAUGAUCGCAUUGCGAGCUGCGAUAAGACAGUUCGAUUGUAUGAUGGGAGGGUGCAUGAUUUGUUGGCGGAGAAGAGGGAUAUGGUCAUGGCCGACAUGGUGUCAUGGGCGUCGAGGAGGUUGAGGUGA